AUGAUUACAUUCAUCAACCCCAUGGUGUCUCUACUUCUUUUAAAGCUGCAUGAUGGGAAAGCACCAGAUGGGACCUGGGUGCCAUCGGCAAAAAGUGCCGCUCAGGCUAUCAUGUGCGCUUGGACAAUCAAGCCAAAGGCUGGACACCGCAUCCGGGCCGGCGACAAUGCGAAAGAGGCAAAUACCGCUAUUCAAGAGCUACAAGCUGCCAUCGACAAUGCAGCAGAGAAGGGGAUCAUCAUGUUUUGCUCCGCCAGCGAUAAUAUCGCAGCCGGAGAUACCUUUCCUCACAAGGCCCAGCCCAAUAAUAUCUUUGGAAUCGGUGCUGCCACGGUUCAAGGACAGCACGACCCUCAAACCGAAAACCACACGGCCGUCAGCUACUUUUUCCCAUACAAGCACUUGAUAUACUUUUCUCGCUCACUGCUCUCCAGUACACAACAUCCCGUGCUUGGAAGCCGUCCCUUGGCUGUCUAUGAGUGA